CUUGAGUAGUACUUUGUAUUUUCUCUCUUCCCUCUCUUCCUCCUCAGCCUUCCUGCCACCUGCUCACAUCUCAUCACUCUUGUUCUCCGGUGGCGUACAACUUUAGAAGCACAGUGUACCAACAUUCGUUACAUAACCCUUUUAGCCAAAGGGCUGAAUUUUUCUCUGCAAUUUAAAGAAACCCCAUCAGCAUUUAUCGCAUCUUCAGCUUUUUUAGCUUCUGUUUUGCACCAUGAAUGCUCCUAUAAUUGAUCCAUUGCAGGGAGAUUUCCCUGAAGUUAUAGAAGAGUACUUGGAGAAUGGAAUCAUGAAAUGCAUAGCCUUCAAUCGUCGUGGUACCCUUCUUGCAGCUGGAUGCUUUGAUGGAAAUUGCCUUAUCUGGGAUUUUGAGACCAGAGGCAUUGCAAAAGAAUUUAAGGACGAAGAGAGUGUUGCCUCAAUUACAAGUGUUUGUUGGUCAAAGUAUGGUCACCGCAUACUUGUCUCUGCUGCUGAUAAGUCCUUGACGCUGUGGGAUGUGGUCAAAGGAGAGAAGAUAACUCGGACCACUCUACAGCAAACCCCUUUACAAGCUCGCCUACAUCCUGGGUCCUCUACUCCAUCUAUUUGCUUGGUGUGCCCCCUUUCAUCUGCUCCCAUGAUUGUUGAUUUGGACACAGGAAACGUGACUGUUCUCCCUGUCUCGCCGACUGAAGGAGGAAAUGGACUUGCUCCUGCUUCAAGAAAUAAAUCUUCAGAUGGAUCUGCCCCAUUUUCUCCUACUGCAGCUUGCUUUAAUAAGUAUGGAGAUCUGGUUUAUGUGGGGAACUCCAAAGGGGAAAUACUAAUAAUUGACCAUAAAAAUGUUCAAGUGCGUGGUAUAGUUCUUGUUCCAGGCAGCGCUGUUAUAAAGAACAUUGUGUUUAGCAGAAAUGGACAGUAUCUCUUAACAAAUUCCAAUGAUCGCACAAUAAGGAUUUACGAGAACCUUCUUCCCAUAAAAAAUGCACUUACGGGUCUAGAUGAAGCAACCAAUGACCUGAAUGAGCUUGAAGGGGUAGAGAAGCUGAAAGCUGUUGGAGCGCAAUGUUUAGCGCUGUUUCGGGAGUUUCAGGAUUCUGUCACCAGAGUGCACUGGAAGGCUCCAUGUUUUAGUGGUGAUGGCGAGUGGGUUGUUGGUGGUUCUGCCAACAAAGGAGAGCACAAGAUCUACAUCUGGGAUCGGGCCGGUCAUCUUGUGAAAAUUCUUGAAGGACCAAAGGAAGCGAUAAUAGAUCUAGCUUGGCAUCCUGUCCAUCCUAUUGUUGUCUCUGUUUCGCUAGCUGGGGUAGUCUAUAUUUGGGCAAAAGACUAUACCGAGAAUUGGAGCGCUUUUGCUCCUGAUUUCAAAGAACUUGAAGAAAAUGAGGAGUAUGUUGAAAGGGAAGAUGAAUUUGAUCUCAAUCCGGAAAUUGAGAAGGUUAAAGAGUCAGAUGCUAAUGAGGACGAAGAUAUUGAUAUUGUUGGCGUGGAGAACGAUUCAACUUUCAGUGAUUCAGAUAUGUCACAAGGUGAAAUUUGCUUCUUGCCUGCUGAUCCAAUUCCUGAUGCUCCAGAGCAGCAGGACAAGUGUGUUGGUAGUACCUCAAAGCUAGGAGAGAGCAACCAAUCUGGAUCCCCUAUUUCAGAAGAGGCUGGACAAAAUGGGCAAGUGAAUCACGAGUCCAGUCCUUUUGAAGGUGAGGACACAGGCACAACAUGCGUGAAAAGGAAACGAAAGCCUUCGGAAAAGGUAUUGGAGUUGCAAGCUGAGAAGGUUAAGAAACCCCCGCAGAAGACAAAACCAUCUGGUUAAUAUCUGAUCGAGGCGAAGCAGAUUAAGGGAUUGCUUCACUGGAGGUCAGGUUAAUUUGUACAACAGUAAGCUGUGAAUUAAGUGUAAACCAGCUAGUGAUUCCAUCUAUAAAUGGGCUGUAGAGUGCAUUUGAUGCUGCUUUUGAAGUUGUCCAGACUUGCGCCAACAAACAGAUUUUUUAGCAGAGUGGUAGCAGUCAAUCCAGACACUUAGAAAAGACUAACUGUUAACAUGAACUGACAUUAGAGCAUUACAUUAGAUUUAUCCCCUGCUGAAGAAACAAGAGUUGAAGGGGCAGCGUCUGAAGAACUUUGCCUUCUGUCAUGGAUAGAGAUUCAUCGAUGCUUGUAUAUACGGCGUGUAAGGAGAAUCUGGACUGCAAGGUUAGAGGGAGGGGGGCGUCUCCCAUGUAACUCAGCCCUUCCAAAUCUUGCUUAUAUUACAGUAACUCUAACAAAUUAUGAUUUACUUAGACUUGAAAGAAUUAUUUAUUUCUACAUUUCACAUA